AUGACGGGUUACGUAACAACAGAACGCAGUCACCCAUCUGGGUCCCGGGAAGGCCUACGAAGGCCCUCUCGGCCGCCUCGCACUCUGCCCCGGUGGGAGGAAGCAAAGGUGGUGGAGCCAGGGCUGAUGGGGCAGGAGCAGGGAGCCUCCCUUCCCUCCACCCGCUGUCCAGUACCUGCUGAAUCUCUUUUUCCCCUCUCUCAGGUGAAUGAGCUCAAGGAGAAGGGCAACAAGGCCCUGAGUGCUGGCAAUAUCGAUGAUGCGCUGAGAUGCUACUCCGAAGCCAUCAAGUUGGACCCCCAGAACCAUGUGCUCUACAGCAACCGUUCUGCUGCUUACGCCAAGAAGGGAGACUACCAGAAGGCCUAUGAAGAUGGCUGCAAGACUGUGGACUUGAAGCCAGAAUGGGGCAAGGGCUACUCCCGGAAGGCGGCUGCUCUCGAGUUCUUAAACCGGUUUGAAGAAGCUAAGCGAACCUAUGAAGAGGGCCUCAAGCAUGAAGCCAGCAACUCUCAGCUCAAGGAGGGGCUACAGAACAUGGAGGCCCGGCUGGCCGAGAGGAAGUUCAUGAAUCCUUUCAACACUCCCCAUCUGUACCAGAAGUUGGAGAAUGACCCACGGACAAGGGCCCUCCUGAAUGACCCCAGCUACAAGGAGCUUAUCGAGCAGCUCCGCAAUAAGCCAUCGGACCUGGGCACGAAGUUGCAGGACCCCCGGGUCAUGACCACACUAAGUGUGCUCCUCGGCGUGGAUCUGGGCAGUAUGGAUGAGGAGGAGGAAGUGGUAUCUCCCCCACCACCGCCUCCCCCCAAGAAGGAGGCCAAGCCUGAGCCCAUGGAGGAAGAUCUCCCUGAGAACAAGAAGCAGGCUCUGAAAGAAAAAGAGCUGGGGAAUGAAGCCUACAAGAAGAAAGACUUUGCCACAGCCCUGAAGCACUACGACCGAGCUAAGGAUUUGGACCCAACAAACAUGACCUAUAUUGCCAAUCAGGCAGCGGUCUACUUUGAACAGGGUGACUAUAAUAAGUGCCGAGAACUGUGUGAGAAGGCCAUUGAGGUGGGGAGAGAGAAUCGGGAGGACUAUCGGCAGAUUGCCAAAGCUUAUGCCCGAAUUGGCAACUCGUAUUUCAAAGAGGAGAAGUACAAGGAAGCCAUCCACUUCUACAAUAAAUCCCUAGCCGAGCACAGGACCCCAGAUGUCCUCAAGAAAUGCCAGCAGGCUGAGAAAAUCCUGAAGGAGCAGGAGAGGCUGGCUUACAUCAACCCUGACCUGGCCUUGGAGGAGAAGAACAAAGGGAACGAGUGUUUCCAGAAAGGGGACUACCCUCAGGCCAUGAAGCAUUACACAGAAGCCAUCAAAAGGAAUCCCAAGGAUGCCAAGUUGUACAGCAACCGAGCAGCUUGUUACACCAAGCUCCUGGAGUUCCAGCUGGCGCUCAAGGACUGUGAGGAAUGUAUCCAGCUGGAGCCAACCUUCAUCAAAGGCUACACCCGGAAAGCAGCUGCUCUGGAGGCCAUGAAGGACUACACGAAAGCGAUGGACGUCUACCAGAAGGCCCUGGACCUGGACUCCAACUGUAAGGAGGCGGCAGACGGGUACCAGCGGUGUGUGAUGUCCCAGUACAACCGGCAUGACAACCCCGAGGAGGUGAAACGGCGGGCCAUGGCCGACCCCGAGGUCCAGCAGAUCAUGAGUGACCCGGCCAUGCGGCUCAUCCUGGAACAGAUGCAGAAGGACCCCCAGGCGCUCAGCGAGCACUUAAAGAACCCUGUAAUUGCCCAGAAGAUCCAGAAGCUGAUGGAUGUGGGUCUUAUUGCCAUUCGGUGAUGACUCGUUGAGCCCCCGUCCCUUCCCCCUCAUCUGUGGAAAGAGAAGCUGGGACCGCGGCCGGAGCAGAGAAGGGGAGGAGAGAGGCCCCACCUCGUCUCUAUUUAUACAUAUAUACAUACGAUAUAUGUGGAAGACACAGACUUAGACUCGCCUCAUUUGUACAGCCGCAGCCGCGUGGCUCCCCCAAGCACAUGCAUGGUCUUCACUGCUGUCCCUUCCGAGCCCGUUACCCCGUCCCCACUCGCUGUCCCAGCUGCUCUCCCCCAUAGUUGGUUUUGGUUUUUUAUUUGGGGCAGGGGGCGUGGGGGGGCACCCUUCCCCCCUUGGGUCCCGCCUGUCCCUGCUCAUUGUUAAGUCCACGCCCCCCUGACCCCCAAUAAAACAAGCCGGUCGGCGUGGUUACGA